AUGCCUUCCGAAGGACGCAGCAAUACCAGGCUUCCGCAGUCCAACGCCAGCUACUAUCCAAUCUUUGAAAGCGUAAUUCCACUAGGUGUUCACAUGGCGAUACGAACCCAGUGGUAUCGCCAAAUGGCUCGCCGUAUUCGAGCCCGUCGAGUCCUCGGCAUCAAUCCACGUACCGACUUCCUGACUGUCGAAGAGGAAACAGUCGAACCUCUUCCGCUAUACACCAAGGUGCCAUCAGCCGGCGAGAUCACGGUCGAGAUCUCGACUUUGGAGAAGCUGCCAGACUACCAUGAUGCUGUGCCUACGGAUGAUGUGGUUGCGGGGAGGAAAAGAAAGCGUAGGACGAGGUUUGAUGGUCGUUGCAGAUGGUCGGCGAAGAGAAGGCGGACUGAAAUUGUGGAGGAGAACGAACGCUCGUCGCUCCAGACAAGCCACCAACAACCCACCUCCCUCGCUUCGCCGACAAGACGCGGUUACCCACGAGACGAUCUUCCUUCCAGCAGGUCCAAUCUCCCCCAUCCUACGAGGCCGCAUCGGCGUAGAAAUCCCGAGGAAGUGGAUAUACCGCCUCUUUAUACCAAGCUUCCUGGUGCCGGGGAGACGACUGUCGAUAUCUCGCCGUCGGAGCAGGAGGAGAUGCUUCCUGAGUACUCUGAGGCGGGGAGGGGGGAAGAUGAAGGCAAAUCAGAAGGAUGA